UUCGAUCGUAUUCUUUCACCCAUCUUGACUUCAUCUUCAUCCGCAGCUCAAAACCCAGAAAAAUUCAAUCUUUUCAGAAUAUAGAAACGAUUGGUUACUCGACUGCUUUACUUACAGACCCAGAAACCUUCAAUUUUCCACGGGUUUCUCUUUCUCUAUCAAAAUGCAGCGUCCUAUUCUACCUAUAUCCAAUCCGUCGUUGAAAUCCUUGCCGUCAAUUGUAACCUCGGAGGCGGCUGGAACUGUUCCAUUGAGAUCUGAGAAUGAGUUAGCUUCUACCUGUCUUCUAAUUUCUCAGCAAUCAGAGGAUGAGAAAGUAGAUCAAGUCAAACCCCUGUUGUCCACUUCUGCCGAUUCUACCAGCACUAAUGGAACAGCGGCUGCUGCUCCAAAGUUCUAUCAGAAACGGCGACGGAGGACCGCCAGCAGUUCUUCUCUCUCCGAUGAUUUUGAAGCCCGUUCUUCUGAAGAUCGCAUUGGACAUGCUCUAUCUGAAACGUACUUAAUGAGAUUAAAGCUCUGUCGCUAUAUUGGGUUGGGCUACAAAUUCAUCACAAGGCUUGUUGCCAUUACUUUUUAUAGUUUCUUAAUUUUCCCUGGCUUCAUACGAGUUGCAUAUUAUUAUUAUUCCUCAAGACAGGUCCGUAGAGAUAUAGUCUAUGGCAAUCAACCCAGAAAUAAGCUUGAUCUUUAUUUACCAAAAAAUCCUGAUGGCCCCAAACCAGUUGUUGCAUUUAUAACCGGAGGAGCUUGGAUUAUCGGCUAUAAAGCAUGGGGUUCUCUCUUAGGGCAACAACUAUGUGAAAGGGAUAUCAUAGUGGCAUGUAUAGAUUACAGAAAUUUCCCUAAGGUCACCAUAGGUGAUAUGGUGAAUGAUGCUUCUCAAGGUAUCUCGUUUGUGUUUAACCAUAUUGCUGAGUAUGGAGGCGAUCCCAACAGGAUUUAUUUAAUGGGACAGUCUGCUGGUGCACACAUUGCUGCUUGUGCUCUUGUAGAACAGGCAAUAAAAGAAGCAAAUGGAGAUAACACAUCUUGGAGCGUGUCUCGAAUAAAGGCUUAUUUUGGUUUAUCUGGAGGGUACAAUCUGUUUAACCUCCUCGACCACUUUCAUACGCGAGGGCUAUACCGUUCAGUCUUUUUGAGAAUGAUGGAAGGGGAAAAAUCAUUACGACGCUUCUCUCCUGAAGUAUUGUUGCAAGAUCCGGCUAAUAGAAAUGCAGCAUCCCUCCUUCCACCUACCGUCCUUUUCCACGGAACAGAAGAUUACUCGAUUCCAUGUGAUUCCAGUAAGUCUUUUGCGGAGACUCUUCAAAGUUUGGGAGUGAAAGCCGAAGCAGUUAUGUACGAAGGAAAGACACACACUGAUGUUUUUGUUCAGGAUCCAAUGAGGGGCGGGGACAACGAAAUGGUGAGGGAUUUGGUUGCCUUCAUCCAUAAUGGGGACGAGGAAGCCCUUGUGAAGGACUCGACAAUGCCACCGAGGAAACGCCUCGUGCCUGAAUUUAUGUUGAAUCUCGCUCGUACUAUCAGCCCAUUUUAAAGCUUGAAUAGCUUUUUUGGUAGUCUUGUAGUAAUUGUAUAUAGAUAAUGACAAUCUGAUUAGAUGUCAAGUUUGGAUACAUACUUUUAUUGAAAUGCACUAACCCUAGAAGGGUUGUUUACAUA